GCCGGGCCUGGAGGUUCACCCCAUCUUCUGGGGCCCCUCAAGGACCCUAGACUUUCCUCGCACCCGCCCUGGGCGCCCCCCAAAGGGGCCUCGCUCUUUGGCAAACCCUCGCUCUCUUGAGCGGAGCCCCAACUCCUGGGGGGUCACCAUCUGGAGCGCCCCCUUCCCUCCGCGUUGACCGGUUGGCCCCACCCCUACCAAGACCAAGUUCAGCAAGUUUGGCGGAGAAGUCCGGGAGCUUCCAUGGCUAGGCCGGGGCGCUUUGCGUGCGCCCCUCGGACUCCGGGUCGUGCAGCCCCCGCCACCACCCGGGCCGGUCGAAGGGCGCCCUCCGGGAGAGCUGGGGCGGGAGGCGGGCAGCACCCUGAGCUCCGAGGCUCGGCGUGGCGGCUCGGGGUGCGGAGUGCGUCAGCGUGAGCAGGCACCUCAGCCGGCAGGCAGAGUCACAGAGGCAGCUCUGAGAGUUGGACACUUGGGUCCCUGCUGUGAUCUCGAGGCCCCAGCUACCAGCCUGCCACCAUUCCGUGCUGCGGGGACACCAUGGCUCCGGAGGAAGACGCUGGAGGGGAAGCCCUGGGUGGCAGCUUCUGGGAGGCUGGUAACUACCGGAGGACUGUGCAGCGGGUGGAGGAUGGGCACCGGCUUUGUGGGGACCUGGUCAGCUGCUUCCAGGAGCGUGCCCGCAUUGAGAAGGCCUAUGCCCAGCAGUUGGCCGAGUGGGCCCGCAAGUGGAGGGGUGCCGUGGAGAAGGGCCCGCAGUACGGCACGCUGGAGAAGGCCUGGCACGCCUUCUUCACCUCUGCGGAGCGGCUGAGCGCGCUGCACCUGGAGGUGCGGGAGAAGCUGCAGGGCCAGGACAGCGAGCGGGUACGCGCCUGGCAGCGGGGUGCCUUCCACCGCCCAGUGCUGGGGGGCUUCCGAGAGAGCCGGGCGGCCGAGGACAGUUUCCGCAAGGCCCAGAAGCCCUGGCUGAAGAGGCUGAAGGAGGUGGAGGCUUCUAAGAAGAGCUACCACGCGGCCCGGAAGGAGGAGAAGACAGCACAGACCCGGGAGAGCCACGCCAAGGCGGACAGCGCGGUGUCCCAGGAGCAGCUGCGGAAGCUGCAGGAGCGCGUGGACCGCUGCGCCAGGGAGGCGGAGAAGGUGAAGGCCCAGUACGAGCAGACGCUGGCGGAGCUGCACCGCUACACGCCACGUUACAUGGAGGACAUGGAGCAGGCCUUUGAGACCUGCCAGACGGCUGAGCGCCAGCGGCUCCUCUUCUUCAAGGACAUGCUGCUCACUUUGCACCAGCACCUCGACCUCUCCAGCAGUGAAAGGUUCCAAGAACUCCACCGCGACCUGCACAAGGGCAUCGAGGCGGCCAGUGACGAGGAGGACCUGCGCUGGUGGCGCAGCACGCACGGACCGGGCAUGGCCAUGAACUGGCCACAGUUUGAGGAGUGGUCCUUGGACACACAGAAGACAAUCACCCGGAAGGAGAAGGGGGGCCGGAGCCCGGAUGAGGUUACUCUGACCAGCAUUGUGGCCACAAAAGAUUGUACUGCAUCCCCGCCCCAGUCUCCAGUGCCACCUCGCAGUCAGCAGGAAGAGGAGUGGUCAGAUGAAGACAGUCCCCGGAAGGUGGCCACGGGAGUGCGAGUGCGGGCCCUCUAUGACUAUGCUGGCCAGGAGGCUGAUGAGCUGAGCUUCCGAGCAGGAGAAGAGCUGCUGAAGAUGAGCGAGGAGGACGAGCAGGGCUGGUGCCAGGGCCAGUUGCAAAGUGGUCGCAUUGGCCUGUACCCUGCCAAUUAUGUGGAGUGUGUGGGGGCCUGAUCUGCUCACAUGGCCCUUCUGCGGUGUUUCUCCAUCUUGAGUUGGAACCCAGCUUCUCAGCAGGAGGACCAGAGAACCCUGAACUGCUGUGUCCCAGCUGUCCCUUGAGGAGGAAGGAAUUCUGGGAAUGGGAGCAGAGGACUUGCCUCUGGGAAGGGACUGGUAGAGAAGGGCCAACCGAGUGUAGCCUGAGGGCCAUAUGGGGAGGUCACAAGGCGAUAGAAGGGCUCAGGGGUGCCUGGGUCUCCCCAGGAUCCAUGGACCUAGUUCUGGGUCUCUGUUUUGGGAAUUCCUGGGGUGGGCUUGGGGUGAGUGUAGUUCUGGGCUAGCAGCACCUUCUUUUGUGAUGUGUUCCAGUGUGUAUUAAAUUUGGAAGAAAAAAAAAA